AUGAUUGGAGCGAUAGUGUCCCUUCUAGUCAUUGCGCUGGCAGCGCCCACGUACGAGCAGAGCACGCCUCACUCGCCAUGCCCCAACGUGUUCAUGUACGAGCCCUCGGGCACCGAGCCCGGCAGGUGGUACGGGGUCGUCAACCUCUCAACGGACAGCACCCUCCACUCGCUCUGGCUGAACAUCGUACUGGACGGCAAGGCGGACAUACUUGGUAACUGGGUGGGCGACGUGACGACGACCGACAACGUGGACUUCAAGAUCGAGAACACGAAGAUGAAGAUCCACCCGGGACCCGCGGUGGCGGUCCGCUUCUUCGUCCAGUACAACCCGCUGAAGACGCCGAUACCGCGUCUGCAGACGAUAAGGCUGAACGGCAGGGAGAUCUGCAACGCGAACACGCCGCGGCCGGCCACUGGCACCGACACCGGCUCUUCGGGGACCCCGUCGCGGUCGGACUCGCAGAGCCGACCGCAGACCGACAGAACGGAGACCAACAACCGCGAACGGCCCAUCACUACCAGACCGCUGGAGGGGAGGCCGCAGCGGCCGUCAAUCCGACCGGAGGACACGCCGGUGUCGAAGCCCGUCUACGGCACCCCGGCCAACCCCGGCCCCGUGUACGUGCCGACGGAAAAUCCACCGAUAGACCAAAUCAACGUCAACCCAUACGUGAUCGGUGAUGGCCAAGUGCCAGCCCAGUCUGGCAACAGGCCAAGCAAUGGCUAUGGACUGACCACAGCGUCAUAUGGCACCACUACUACUGACAGCAGCGAAAUCGAUGAUUUCGACAAUGUCAGGAAACCAGACCCGAGCGACUAUUUCUCGGGUGGACUCCAAACCAUCAUCGUGCCCGGCUCCGGCGGCCAAUCCAACAACAACAACAACAAUAAUUACAACAGCAACAACAAUAACAACUAUAACCAGAGGAGUCAGUGCGGUAAGGUGGUGAUAAACAAGCCCAACCCGCUGGUGGUGAAUGGCAAGCCGACUUUGGAGGGACAGUGGCCGUGGCAGAUAGCUCUAUAUCAGACCCAAACAGUGGACAGCAAGUACAUAUGCGGAGGCACUCUGUUGACCCACUUGCACGUGAUAACUGCCGCUCACUGCGUCACCCGCAAGGGCUCCAGUAGGGUCGUCAACAAGAACACGCUCACCGUCUACUUGGGCAAGCACAACCUCAGGACCUCCGUUAAGGGAGUGCAGAUCCGACUGGUGGAGGAUAUAACGGUCCACCCGCAGUACAACGCCUCCUCGUUCAGCAAGGACCUGGCCAUCCUGAAGCUUAUCGAGCCCGUACAGUACACAGACUACGUCCGCCCCAUAUGCCUUUGGCCGGACAACCAGGCCGAACUCAACAACGUUAUAGGAAAGAAAGGCUCUGUGGUCGGCUGGGGUUUCGACGAGACGGGCGUGGCGACGGAAGAGCUAACGCUGGUGGAGAUGCCCGUAGUAGACCAGGAGACCUGCAUCAGGUCGUACAGCGACUUCUUCGCGAGGUUCACGUCGCAGUACACGUUCUGCGCCGGCUAUAGAGACGGGACCCUCGAUAAACGAACUGGAUUCAGAAAAAGCACAUCGGUGUGCAACGGAGACAGCGGGGGCGGUAUGGUGUUCGAAAUGAACGAUGCUUGGUACCUCAGGGGGCUCGUGUCACUCUCCGUUGCCAGACAGAAUGAGUACAGAUGCGACCCCACUCACUACGUAGUCUUCACCGACCUCGCAAAGUUCUUGCCGUGGAUACGUCAGAACAUAAACAAUUAU